AUGGCUUUCCCUGCACAAGCCUCUUCCAGCCUGGAGUUUUGUAAGGCCGAGGAGGGGGACUUUGAGCAGGUCAUGGUCAUGUCCGCCGGCGUCUAUGACGGGCUGGACUUCAUAGCUGCCUGCUACCACAGCUGGCUGAAGGAGCCCGGACGGCUGGUCUUUCUUGCCAAAGAGCAAAACCGAGUGGUGGCUCUGAUGUCUGUUCUGCUGGUGGACGGUGGAGAGACCAUCAUGGGUCAGGGACUGAGGGUGGCGGCCAGCGAGCGCGGGCGUGGCAUCGCCACAGCCAUCAGGAGACACGUCACAGAGCACGUCCGCCACCAUUACCCACAAGUCACUGCGUGCAGACUGGCCAAAGCAGACGACAAAUGUACUCCUGAGUUGCUGGCCAAAUAUCGCCUCCUAGCUAAAGAGAGCAUCCUCUCUCUGUGCUGCGAUGUGGCCGACCUUGGCCCAUUUCUCUUGGAGCUGCAGUCCAAACUCUCCAGAGAGGCCGAACUCGUCACGCCGGUGACCCUGAACCAGCUUCAGGCAGAGACCCUGGUUUUGAGCAAUCAUGUGGUGUCCACCCUGCUGCCUGGACACUUCAUCAUCAGUGAUUGGGAAUCUUUGAAACCAGUACUGGCUAACCUGGAGGUUCUGCGCAGGAGGGGGCACACAUGGAUUGCCGACCAUGAGUUUAAGCCUGCCGCCCUCAGCCUGUGCUCUAAGCCCUUUAAGGUUCCUUACCGCCAAGAUGCCCUUCAGUUUUCUAUCAACAUCUUCAGCCGAAGCCUGGGUCCGGUCUGCGCCAUGUUCCUGGCCCAGCUAGCUCAGCUGCAGCCUCAUCUACACGGUUAUCUGGUAUUUCAUACCUUUGUCGAACCACAGCUGUGGCAAGGCUUAUCAGACUUCUGCCAGAAUUCUGGAAAGGUGUCAUUUUUCAAAGACUACUGGGAGGAGUUUAUUCUGGAGGGCGACCUUUGA